AUGCUGGAAGAACAGAAUGCAGCCGUUUUGGAUCAUGGCGACACCAUCGAGAGUCGAAAGAUUGCAUCGCCCGAAACGCUUCGUGCAACAAAUGGGGGUCCAAGGUCACUUCGCGAGGAAGUGCAGAAGUUUCUGAUUGACUCUGGGGCGUCAAUCAACACUGUUUUUGGUCCGUCCGAGUGGAUCUCGCCAAUGGUUGUAGUUCCAAAAGGAACAGAUGAUAUCCGCUUGUGCAUAAAUAUGCGAUAUCCCAACCAAGCGAUACAGCGGGAACAUUAUCCAUUACCACUCAUUGAUACACUGUUAAACAAGCUGAAGGGAGCGGUUGUAUUCUCCAGCAUUGACAUCACCUCGGCAUACUAUCAUGUAGAAUUACAUCCAACGUCACGCGAAAUAACAACGUUCAUGACGGGAAGAGGUCUCAUGCGGUUCAAGCGUUUAAUGUUUGGUAUCAACUGCGCACCUGAGCUAUUUCAGCGAAUAAUGUGUGGAAUGUUUGCUGGUAUUGAAGGUGUUGUGGUGUAUAUCGACGACAUUGUUGUUUGGGGAUCAACACUAGAAGAACAUGAUGAACGGUUACAAAAAGUACUAAAUAUUCUUGAGGAUAACCGGGCAAUGCUAAACAAAGAAAAGUAUGUUUUUGGCGUGAAAGAGCUCGAAAUACUGGGCUUCAAGGUAGGCGUGGAUGGAAUCAGCCCAACGGAUGCCAAAGUUGCAGCAAUCCGGAACUUCAGAAUGCCAGAAACAAAGGAGGAGGUCCGAAGCUUCCUUGAUGCAGCAUUUGAUGAAUCUUCAGACCAUUUUGGUUGUGGGAUAGGCGAAGGGCCGUCAGCCAUUACGCUGGACGACAUUCGGAAAGAAACAAAUCUUGAUGAUGUGCUUAAAGAAGUUGUAGAAUCCAUUAAAACGCAGGUGUGGCCAUCAAGUUUGUUCGCUUAUCAAGCUUUCUCUAAAGAAUUGGGGGUGAUUCAAGGCGUUGUAGUAAGAGAUGACCGAAUUAUUCUUCCAUCAAAACUGCGACAAAGAGCAUUAGAUAUCGCGCAUCGAGGCCAUCCAGGAGUAGUUUCAAUGAAACGAAAUCUCAGGGAGAAAGUGUGGUGGCCCUAUAUGGACCGAGAUGUUGAGCAUCGUGUACAAGAAUGUGCGGGUUGUGCUUCAGUGAGUUCACAAGGACCACCGGAACCAAUGCACCGUAAAGAAAUGCCGAAUCGUGCAUGGCAGGAUUUGGCCAUAGAUUUUCUCUCUGCCAAGGAAUGUGCGACGUUCUUGGUACUAGUUGAUUACUAUAGCCGAUUUUUAUCUGUCACUGAAAUGAAGUCUACUAAUGCAAGAAAAACUAUUGAGGUUUUGGAAAGCGUGUUUAACGAGCACACAUAUCCAGAGACAGUUAGAACUGACAAUGGACCUCCGUUCGCUAGCGAAGAGUUUUCGAACUACUGUCUCAGUAAAAAUAUUCGACUUGUACGCAGCAUUCCGUACUGGCCCCAGAUGAACGGUUUGGUUGAACGACAAAACCAGGGGAUCCUGCGCACCUUGAGAAUUGCUCGCACAAUGAAGGAGGACUGGCGAAAAGCCGUUGAGGAAUAUGUAUAUUCGUAUAACACUACACCACAUUCAGUCACCGGGAAGUCACCGAUGGAGUUGCUUACUGGACGACCAGUGAAGGACCUACUCCCAUCACUGAGAACCGAACCCUACUGGAAUCGUGAUGAGGAAACACGGGAUAAGGACAUAAUCAGGAAAAUGCAGGGUAAACUCUACGCCGAUAAACGUCGGCAUGCUAGAACGUCAGAAAUUGUUGUUGGGGAUACCGUUAUGAUUAAAAACUACGAAAUUGGAAAAUUAGAGACGGCCUUUCGACCGGAGAAGUAUACCGUGAUAAAAAAAAGUGGAAGCGACGUGGUCAUACUAUGCGAAGACGGUGUCAAAUAUAGGCGACCGAUAACUCAUUUGAAAAAGUACCCAAUUCUGGACAAACAAGAUGGUUUGAAGCAGCUACAAUUCGAAACGGAUUCUGAUUCAGGGUCAGCAAUUGUACAAGAUCCAACUCGGAGCUCGGAUCAAACUAAAUCUCCACCCAUCAAGCGUCCAAAACGAACAAUGAAGGUGCCAGCACGAUAUAAUAAAUAA